CAAUGAUCCAGUACUUGUAGCAAGCAUGGCCAAGGGCAACGACGCCGACCUAACGAUCGAAGAGCGCUUGGCGCUCAAGAAGAGCGGCUUCGCCAACGCGCCCAAGGCCGCGUCCUCGGACGAAGGCAGUGGCGACGACGACGAUGGGCCCACCACGAAGCGCGCCAACAAGAACUGCCCGCGCGAGAUGACCUCCAAGCGACCGGUCGCUCGCUUCCGCGAGGUGCUUCAGAUCCGAAAGAAGGCGUCGCGCGACCCGCGCUUUGACGCGGCGAGCGGCAAGCUCAACGAAGACCUCUUCAAGAAGGCGUACACGUUUCUCGAAGACUACAAGGACGCCGAGCUCGACGAGGUCAAGAAGCAGCUCAAGAAGGCCAAGAGCGCGACGCGCAAGGCCGCGCUCAAGGAAGAGCUCGCGUCACGCAAGCAGGAGCGCGCCGAGACGCACCGCGCCGACAAGAUCCGCGAGGCGACGCAGAAGCGCAAGCGCGAAGAGCGCGAAGCCGUCGCGAACGGCAAGAGCGCGUUCUACCUCAAGCGCAAAGACAAGAAGCAGGUCGAGCUCAAGGCCAAGUACGACGAGCUCCAAGAGUCGGGUCGGCUCUCCAAGUUUAUGGCCAAGCGCCGCAAGAAGAACGCCAACAAGGAUCAUCGGUGGCUCCCGACACAGCGCAAGGAGACGGCGUAAUACAUCCCUCCCAUGUGACUGUCCAGCAGGACCGUAAAUGUGCUCGCACCGAGGUCGGCAGAGAAGAGUGAUGGAGACGCCAUCGCAGGCGCGCGUUCUGGUAGAGAGGAGAGCGCAUCUGCAUUCUACCUGCUAGCAGACUCCUACCAGAGUGUGCUAGUACUCAGUACUACUACUUGAAGGAAUAGGACGGCUCCGAGCACCGAGACAAACACACUAGAAUGUAAGCUGGUGUUUUGUUUCUUACAUCUGAAAUCUGAAAUCUGGCCGAAAUCUGCUUCACCGAGAAU